UGUUUCAUGACAAACGUCAAAGUGACUGCUGAUUUUAUAUAACCUAAAAAUGGUUAGAUUUAUUAUCAAAAUAUAUUUUAUUUUUUUUCUAAUCAAAUGAGUAAGUUAAAGUAAUAAAAAGUUAAUUUUGUGGUACUAUUGUUUCAGAAACGAAACACAUUAUUAUUGACACAGCAAUUUACAGGAUAUUGUGGAUUGUUGUAAUGUUUUAAAUUCAGUAGACCUGGUUGAUACACUUACAAAAUGGAUAGAAGUAACAGUUUUGCUUAUCAAUAUCAGAAUACUGAUGAACCUUACUUUAAUAAUCCUGAUUUAAUUAGAAGAUUACCAGUACACGAUGACUUCUUGAAACAAGAACCAUUUUUAGAUUUAAACUACGCAUACCCAGAGGAUAUUAAAGUCAAGAAAUAUAUUGGUUCUGGUGUCACAUUUAUUAGUUUAGUAGCUGAAAAUUUACUUAGUCAUCCCUUUGUAGUACUUAGGAGGCAAUGCCAGGUUCACCAAAACGCCCAGAAAUAUCACCUACAACCUUUCACUCUAAUGCCAGUAGUUUGGCGUUUGUAUCAACACCAAGGUAUAACAAGCCUUUGGAAAGGCAUAGGUUCAGUUUUAUUAGUUAAAGGAAUGUCCUUAGGUGUAGAUGAUAUGAUUUCUAAAGUAACGCCGUGGCCAAAAGAUAUAUCUUGGCAUAGCAGCCUUAAACAAUUUUGUCAACAUACUUUACUAAAAUGUCUUAGUUUAGCUACAGUUACUCCAUUUUAUUCAGCUUCUUUUGUAGAGACUGUUCAAAGUGAAAUAGCUAGUGAAAAACCUGGUAUUUUAGAUGUGUUCAAGGAAGGAAUCAUGAGGUUGUUACAUUGGGGUUCUCCAGCAAAUGGUAGAAUGUUACCAAUAUGGGCUCUUAUUGUACCUACUAUUACAUUAGGUUUAGCUAAGUAUAUGUUCUCUAUGUUAGUUAAAGGUAUAACUAUUAGAAUUCUGGCAGUUAAAUCAAGAGCAAGAUAUGAAGAAAACGGUGCACUACCAAAAGACCCAUAUAAUACUGAAAUGCAGGACAUUCAACUGACAGCUUCCUUAGUUGGUUUGAUUACCACCGAUAUUCUUUUUUAUCCAUUUGAAACAGUAAUUCACAGAAUCCAUCUACAAGGUACCCGUACAAUCAUUGAUAAUUUAGAUACAGGAAGGUCUGUGCUACCCAUUUUAACAAACUAUUCGGGCGCUAUUGAUUGUUAUGAAAGUUGUUUGGCAAAUGAAGGCGUCGGUGGUCUUUAUAAAGGAUUUGGAGCUCUUAUUCUGCAGUAUACUAUUCAUGUAGCUCUUAUAAAAAUGUCACAUUGGAUCCUAACGCAAGUUGGAAAUUUAGUAGUACAAAGUCCUAAAUCCCAACCUAAAGUACCAGCGAAAAUUUCUCCUCCUGCCAUUUCCAAUUUGACUGUUUCACGUAGGUCAUAUCUACUUCCUUGAAGUCCAUGGAACAUUUAUUCUCAUAGAAAAAGUUGGUAAGGUUUAUGAACGUAUUUUUUGUUUUCAAUACGUGUAGUUAAUUUUCUUUCUUCUUCCAAAGUUUCCUUUUUUUAAACAUUGUGAUAGAAGGUUCCACAUUCAUAUUCAUUUAUUCAUAUACAGUAAGCGCCCCGCUUAUAGACACACGGGUCCGUAUGUAAUUGCUAGGCUUAUGGGCUAAUCCUGCCCGUUCUCUCUUGUGACUUUUAUGUCUGUCAUGUCAUGUGACCAUCAUGUAUUUUAUAACUUUUACAACUAUAACAUGACAACAAUAACAAUGACAACUGUAGUCUUCAAAUACAACUGUUCUAUAAACUGUCAACUCUCCUUGUUUAUAUACAUUUUCUGACGUUGACAUUUCUAGGUUUUUCAAUGACAUCUGGAAUAUUCUCCAACUUAAUACUUUUUCUUUUACGUCAAGGGACUUUUUCUAUGUAUGAUCAAUCUGUUUACUUCUCGGCAUAAAAGUAAACAGUGCAACAAGUGAAGUGUCCAGGACUGUAUUAGCUCAAUGUGCCCGUGUUUCCACUAGCGUGACGGUUACUGUAUAUUACAGAACAAUGACUUCUUAUUGUUUUUAAUUCCAUUCUUCCUAUCUACUGAACUCUCUAUACCUGUUAAAAUUGUAUUCACAUACAAAUAUGAUUCUAUAAAUUCUGUUGAAUACCUACCUAUUCUACAUAUGGAUGAGUACUCCGUUAAUAUUUAGUUUUGAUUUUUUGUAAUGUCCAGUAUUAUUUUGCAACUAUUAAACUUUUAAUUCUUCUCUUCUGGUGAGGUUGUCUCUGUCUUCAGACCUUUUCCUUCUUCUUUUGGUAUCAAACCCUGGAUCAUUCUUUGCCUGUCGGGCUGUAUUCUUUCAUUCAGACCUCUCUUGUGCCCUUUCCCUCCCAUUUUCUUACAUUCAUAGUUUUCAGGUCGUCUUCCACGCCAACCAACCAACCAUUUCGUUCUGGGCCUUUCUUUUUACCUUUCUAUUGGUUUCCAUUGUAACAUUUUCUUUGUUGUUUUGAUAUCGUCUUGUCUCUGGACAUGUCCCAGCCAUGGCAGUCUUUGAUCUUUUACAAGUCCAAUUAUUGAUUAAUUUCGUCGUUUCUCCUGAUUCUCCAUGUGCCUUCUUCCUCUUGCACCGGCCGUAUACUUUUCUUAGUAUCUUCCUCUCAAAUGUCUUAAGUUGGCUUUCAUCUUUUUUUUUUGUGAUUGCUCAAAUUUCACAACCAUAGGUUACUACUGUUCUAAUUAAUGUUCUGUAGACACUCAUUUUGUUUCUUUUGCCUCAUAAUUUCACUGGAAAUACGUACAUUAAUUUUGCUACUCACGGAAUUCAUCUUAGUAACCUGAUUUUUAUGGGUAUUGAUAAAUCAUGACAUUUGAAUAACUUAGCCAUUUUUUGAAAUGCAGAUCUUGCUUUCUCUAUCCUACACUUGAUUUCUAUGGAAUGGUCCCAAUUUUAAAUCCCCCCUCAUUUGUCAGCCCUCAAUACACCCCCAUUCGAAAGCUUGAAAUUUAUUUAAUAAACAUCUAAUGACCGUCCAGCUUUCAACUUCAUACAAUAAUGCCGAGAACAUAUUAUGACAUUUUUGACAAGUCUUAUUUUCAGGUUAAUAUUAAUACUCUGUCCACAUAUUUUCUAAUCGGAAGAACACUGCUCUGGUCUUUCAAUGCGAAUUUUUGUGUUUUGAAUCUUAUGAUUUAUAAGGGAAAAUAUGUAGUGUACAAACAGCAGAUACAGAUUUUGUUAGCUAAUAAUUUUUCUAGUGCGUUAUGCGUAUACAUAAUAUGUUAGCGUCUACAUAUUAUUUGAUUCAAUUUUUGAAGCUCCCUAGCUAGUGUUAAGUUACUAAACACUAAUGCAAGUUGAUAACGUGGUGCCUUAUUGGUUGAUAGCGAGGCUAGCUGGGAAUAUUUUAAUCGAUUAAAUUUUCCUUAAUAUCCACUUGUAUAAUGUUCGGAUAUUGUUAUAAUCUUAUUUUGAAAUAAUUGUAUUGGUGAACGAUUAUUAUGCAAAUAUUUAAAGUAUAUUUAUUUUCUGUAUAUACUUAACUAAUUAUUUAUUAGGAAUAAAACCUGUAUAUCUUUAGAAAUAAAUGUGUUUUAUUAUUGUUAUAUGUAAUUGUGAUUUAGUAUUGUUAUAAAUAUAACUGCUUAAAAAUA